UGCCUACAGGGGGAUGGGAGAGAACAGAGCCCGAAAAAAGAUAGCUGUCAUGGCGUCCGUUUAGUAAGACUUGGGAAGGAUUAUUUCCCAUUCCUAGUGGAAACCCGAUUUAGAUUUUCCCUUAAAAUUAUUUUGAAUUGGUUCCUUUUCUUCUUUCUCUCUUUUUGGUUUACAUGUGCUGUGAAUGGAUUACUCAUUUGCUCACAACUUGAGGAAAGUUUAACAUAAACCGUGUUGGCUCGCUGUGUCAUGGAAAGUUUUUACAUCGAGUCAUUAUACAAUGGCCCGGACGUCAGAAAAUGGUGAACAAGAGGGGGACUCUGCUGGCGGAGUGCAGGAGAAAUGGCUUGGAAGGGACGGUAUCAAGCAGGAAAUCUUAAUUGAUCUGGACCAGUCUUCCUCCUCGAUUGGAGAAAAAGAUUGGUCUUUCAUUCCGGCUGUACCUGCAUCAGACAUCACUAGUGGAAAUGAAGUUGUCCAACAGGCUGUACUCUUUGGGUCAAACACAUCUGAUCCUGUCAACAAAGAAAAGAUUGAAAAGCUUUUGGAUAGUUCCACCAGCAUGGCUUCAAAGAAAAUUGUAUCCAAUCUACUCCUUGAAGUUGAAAAGUUAUCAGACACUGAGCGCCUACUACUUUACUACAAAUUGCCACUUGGAAGGUCUUCAGAUGUUGAUCCUCUACGAAUGCCGUUAAACCCUCUCGGAAGUCGACCGGAAAUCAUGCAAACGGUUGUUUGGAUUCAAACUCAUUUAGAAGAAGAUGUAGAGGUGUCACUUCCCAAACAAGAAGUCUAUGAAGAAUAUGGAGGCUACUGCACAGAGAACGUCAUCAAACCUUUAUCCACUGCCGAUUUCGGAAAAGUUAUGAAGCAAGUAUUCCCUAAUGUGAGACCGAGGAGGCUGGGGACGCGAGGCCAUUCGCGCUAUUGCUACUCCGGCCUGCGGAAGAAGGGUGAAUUGAGUCCACCCAUUCUGGCCGACCUGUUCUGCGACAGUGAAGCCGAUCACCAAAGCAAUGCUCAAUCGCAGAACAACCAACGUCCGGCGACGGAAACGCCGGAUUUGUUGAAAGAACGAGCUUGUAUUUUAGUCCGCGAAUGGGCCGAAAAGCUGCUUGGCAUAAACUUUAGUGGGAUGAGUGAACUAGCCAACUUUUUAGUAGACAAAUUGUAUGUGGACCAACGGAGUAAAGCUGCGUCGCAGUGGAGCAAAUUGCGCCCUUCGCAAGGGCAGAGCGACGACGAAAGUGAAGUUAAAGCUGAAAGUGGCUGUGAGCAAGAACAGAUGAGGGAAUUGAAAAGGAAACUGCAGGAGCAGCACAAUUUGGCCACCCGUAGGCAAUCCGUACAGAGUCGCCAUAGUAAGAAAACUCGAGUCUCCAGUUCAAAUGCCUCUCCGUUGCCUCAGGCAGCGCCAGCGGUUCCGCUUCCCGAGGAGACAGAGCCCAAAGCGUCCAAUAAAAAAGGCUGCACCCGCAGCAAAAGAAAGCAAAGAGGCGAGGAUAAUAAAAGAAAUGCUUCUAUAGACUCGACGGAAAUGGAGGGAACGGCUUCUGCUUCGAUUACUAACCCGUCGGGGGCCUCCACAUCCACCGCUGCGCCCAACCAACCUGCAAGCAAAGUGGCUAUCCCACGCCUGGCCAGCAAUCGCAGUCCUCGUCCCUCAUCGGGCAUUCUGCUCCUACCCAGCCACUCCCAGUCGCCCAGCCCAACCAUUAGCAAGCCAAAGUUUGUUGCGAUUCAGCCCAAGCCGCAUUUCGCCAGCGAUAACGGACUGGCCGCCCCAUCUCUGCCCCAACUGAAGGAGGAAGAGGCCAAUCGACGAGCUGGGCCCGAACAGCUCGAAGGCCCGUGGGUUGAAGCACUCACGCACAGUCACGAUGAUGAGUUAGCACAUUAUUGGUCUCAGCCUGGAGAGGCGAUUACCGAUAGCCUCAGCCCCAAGGUGCAGAACAAUGAGCUUUCACAAUUGCGUGUUCUACUCGAGCAAAAUGAGGCAGCUAAGAAGAAGCUAGCAACAACAGCUGGAUUGUUGGAGCGUCGCAAUGUUCGGUUCGAAACGCCGUCGUCCCUUACCGAUCAUCCCAACGGGUUGGGCAACGGCGGGGCGGUCCCACCCAGUCCCAACACUCGUCGAAUGGCUUUCAAUUUCACGCCGAUCUCUCCUCGAUUGACGCCCGACGUUCCACCCUCGCCUGGAUCUUCAGGACAACCUGUGCAGCUCCGCCAACUGUUGUCGACCCACGGUGGUGGUGUCACUAGCCCGUUUGUUUCACCGGGUCAGACGCCCGUCCCGUCGAGUUUGCCACCCUCCCAGCCCCAUUCGAGACACAAUUCAGGACACAUUAUGAUGAACAUGGACACCCCGACUUCAUUCGUCACAGAGGCCAGCAGCGUCAGCAAUGACUCGGCCUUUGUUUCGCCGCUCAAUACACCAUUAUCGGUUAACAGAUCGCGCCACAAUUCAGCCUCCAAUCUGCUGGUCAAUCGAGCUCGCCACUCAUCUGGAGCCUCGAUUACUGUCCGUCACAUGCCAUAUGCAACGCCUUCUCUGAUGAAUCACGGUCAAGACGGACUGUUUAAUGCUUCUGUGCGUUCGCGUCACAGUUCCGGAGGAUCGCCCUCGCUGCCUCGCUCUGCGCCGCUCUCGCCACUUGUUCAGUCUUUCCCGCAACAGGGUGAUUCAAGUGGCAGCGAACGCUUUCGCCAAGACUUGCGUCGCCGCCACGUUUCCGCCGGUGUUGUGCUGGGAUUGAAUCCUCAUCAGGUGGCCGCUGCUGGCCGAGUCCAGACCACGCUCAACAAUGCUGUGCCACAUUUAUGGGGUAGCGACCCACUUGCCCAAGAAAUCGAGGGUCUUCUAGAUUCUGCUCCAAGCAUGGUCAAUGACUCUGUGAUGAGUCGCUCUCAGUCAGUUCCGCUUCACCGGAUGCUCCAGCAAUUCCAGUCUCAAGUUGGACAAGGCUAUGCGACCGCCUCGCAGCCCAGUACGCCUUUCGGAUGCGGCGGCAGGAAUUUCUCGUACAACGCGUCCGCCACCAGCAGCCCCUACAGUUACACCGCCACUCCCGUGCCAGCCGAAUGGAAUGAUUUCAAUUCAAACACAAAUAACGGCGAUUCAGGGACGGAAGGAUUCGCUCAACUAGAUUCGGCCCAACAGGAUUUGGAAAACUUCCACGAAAUCAUCAGCGAAGUCUACGCUAACAAUCACCAGGAACUGGCUCCCUGCCUAGAUGGUCUGGGUGCGGAAGCCUUGCAAGAAGCCUCUUCCGCCACGUUUUCCCAAAUGAAUUUUCAAGGAUCCGGCGCGACUAAUAUGGAUUCGGAUCCUUCGCUGAGCUGCUCGGACACUGGCGACGGCUACCCACUGUCUGAUUUGAGCGAUUCCGUGACACUACCAGGUUUGAUGGGUCCCGAUGACUUGGCAGCCACUCUGGUAGCCUUGAAAGAAGCGCCCGAGUUGAACCGACUGGUCCAGGAUGUGGUUGAAGGACAGCAGUCUGUCGCCGUUCCUCAAGGAAUGUGAAACACCCGACACAGAAAAAAAAAGAUCCCCCUAGUCCAGUCAGCCGCUCUCUCUCUCCACCGGGUCUACUCUAAUUGUUUGUGUCUCUAAAGCGUUCCCUCCACCAUGAUGUAUCGGGAGAAGAGCAGAGGGUGGGAGAGAGGGGGGAGGGGCACACGAUUUAAAAAAAGGGAAGGAAAAAUCACACAGUACAAAGCUAUAUCUAAAGCGAAUAGCGUUUCGAAGAGUGCAUUAUUGCAUGUUGUACAUAAUAUUUCGAAUCAAUUUAGGCUCGCAUCAUUUUACCCUCCCGCUCCCUUAACUUUUUUUUUCCUUCAUAAUCCUUGGCCUUUUACUUCACAACAAUAGAAUGUCUCGAAGACGCCGACACGCACAGUCUUGCUUUUCGUUUUUUCUUCUUUCUUUGCGCGCGACAUGGCGACAUUCAAUUUUUUGUGACGGCCUCAGCCAAUCCGAGGAUUCGUUUUCUCGAGGUGUGGAGAGAAAAACAAAAACAAUUGAAAACCAAUUUUUCUUUUUUUUUUUAAUUAUUUUAAAUAUUUUUUCCUUUUUGAACUUUGGGGUGGAUUGAACGAAAUUGAGGACGGAUAUUUCUUCCCUUUGUGUGCGAUACUGAUUCGUUAGAGCUUUUUGACGGAUUGGACGUUGUAAAGAUUCCGCCGAGGAUUCUAGACAAAGAUUUUGUGCGGGGGGGGGGGGUCACGUUUUGAAGAUAAGAAUUACAUAUUCUGAGCUUUCUUUUCUUUUUGUUUCGAUUGAUAUUCUUUUUCUCUUUGCUCGUUGUAUACCAGUGUGCCUUUUUGUUGGGCAGGGCGACAGAUAUGUUUUGACGUGAAAGGCAAACAGAAAAUUAUUUGGUUAUCUAAUAAUUUGGAGCAGAAAACAAAAUGAAAAAUUUCAAAACGAUUAAACAUUUAUUACUUGGCGAGAAGACACCUGGGAUUGGUUUUUUGAUGCGAGGGAUUUUUUUUUCUUUCGAUUACCUUUUUUUCUCUUGCACUCGUUUAAACAUAAUUUUUUGUCUCUUCCAUUGUGAGGAUAGAUCCAAUUUGAUUUCUCUUGUUUUCCCUUCGAUUGAGUUUAGAAAUUUGUCCUGAUACAGAAAGCUGGAAGGAACCUACAAACAGGAAACGCCAAACGAAAAGGUGUGUCACGAUCUCUCCUGGCUAGAAAAAACAAGAAAACAUAAAAUAUUUUUUUCUCCUCUUGAUGAUUCUCCGUCAAACGUGGAAAACGGAAAACGGAAAACGGAAAACUAAAAUUGAAACUUGUACCUUGUAAAAAGGAACAACCAAAAAAAGAAAAAAACUAUUGAAAUUUGUUAGAACAGAUAUAGAACUUAUUACGUGCGCGGACAGGAGGUCGUUUAUCUAUAUAGGCUUUGUAUACCUCUUACUUUCUCGCGGAUCGUGCUGUCGUUAAAAAAAAAGCAGAAAUUUUUUUGGCCAGAAAUUGAAUCGGGGAGUACGGACCAUUUUUCAGUUUCUUAAUUCACAUGCGAAAUUUUUCAUUUUUGUUUCAACUCCUUUUUCCCCCCUUUGUUAGGCAAAUGGUGCAUUGCGAAUAUGUUAUGAAUAGAUUUGAAAUUUUCAUUCAUUCUAAAAAUGGAAAAUGAUGGAUGUGUGCAAAAAAAAUGUUAUCAUGUUGUCAUAGGAAAUGUAUGCGCGCUUCACAUCGAACCGACUCUUUUUUUUUUUUUUUCAUUUUCUUUCUCCCUUGAUCAUAUUGUCUCAUCCUUUCCAAACUAGACGACACACACAAAUAUCAAUUCUUUGUACUCUGGUGGUUUCUUUUUGGCCUUGAUCAUCUGCGUCUGUCGCUCCUCUUUUCUUCCUUAUUGAUUCCUGCUGAUCCACCUUUCGUUCCCAUUAACUAUUGUUUACCUUUCCCCACCGCAUUCGAUGGAAUGACGCGGCCUCGAUGAAGACGCCACGUCGUGCAGCUUUUGAUUUGUAGCUACGAUUAUUCUGAUUACAUUGAGAAACCACCUUUACCCACCACCAUCUCCCCGAACAGAUUUUCUUUCUUAGUUUUUUCUUCCUUCCUUCGUAAUUUUUUUUUUUUACUGUUACAAAAAAAAACCUAAAAAUAACGAGACAUAUACACGCGAGAAACACAAAAAACAUGUUGAUUGGAUCGUCGGCUUUGAAUAUAAAGUUUAUCCUGA